GCACACACUUGUGGCUGCACAAUUUGUUGAAUUUGUUGAUAAAUAAAUAGAGUGCUGUAAUGGCUGCGGAAAUUAAUAAUGUGGCUCAGGACUAUGCCAAGAUCAUACAGAGUGCCGAUCUGGACAGAGAAAUCAGUCCGCUGUGCACGAACAUCGAGGAUAUGCUGGCUCGUCUCGACGAAUUCGAGACACUUCUCUCUUCGGUGCGUGCCGAGUCGAAUGGCAUCAUGGCCAACCAUGUGUGCAGCAUUCUCAGCUUCAGCGACAACUUCGAUGAGCUGCGAACGCGCAUCGACAAUCUGGAGGCGUUUGUGGGCAGGGUAAGUGCGAAUCUGAACGAUGUGGAACGCUCUGUGGACGUGGCCGAGCAAGAGCUAAAUGUGACGGACUACAGCCUGAAGGGACUGCUGUUCAAGCCCCUCAAAGCCAAGCUGACUGCAACAGAUCCCGCGACCGCCCAGCCCCAGCCACGCACGAAUCUGCUCGAUGGGGAAUUCCAGCCAGUUCGCAUUUACAGCUCCGACGAGUACUUCGGUGCCCCUGCUGCACCAGAGGAGCCACAAGUGGCGUGAGCAUCCAGUUAAAUAUUUAGUGUUUAAUUAGCAGACGUCGUUUAUGUAAGUGUGUAAAUAUUAUUGUUUAUUUUUCAAUCUCG